CAGGUGUGACUCCAGCGUCGGGAAAAGGAGCGCGCGCGGCGCGGUCACGUUUGUCUCUUUGCUUUUAACUUUUUUUUUAAUGUUUUUGUUGUCGGGUUCGGACUUGCGGGUCAGGCUUUUUAAUCGGUUAUACUGUUUCGUGGGCUCGUCGUGGAUCUUCGUGCAGGUUGAUGACGACAGGCGCCAUCUUGUCACCCACAGAGUCGUCAGACUUUGUAGAACAAACGUACCUUUCUGGCACAAUAACGCCGCUCUGUGCUCGUCAUCUUUUAGAUUAAAAAUCCUAAACAAUUAAAAGCGUGAUCACAUGUGAAAAUGAUCUAAAUGGUCACUGUGCUGGUGGUUUCACCUGGCUGUGGACACGCCCACUAGGGGGUGGCCAUAUUUAUUUAUUUAUUUAUUUUUAAUUUCAAGUCGCACACACCUUCAUUUUAGGAGAAAUGGUGAAGAAAACGUUAAAAUUUCAUGAAAAUCCAUCAUGUCUAAGUGGUCUCCCAAGGCCCCACUGUUUUUUGCAAAGUUAGAAAUUUCAGCGAGUCUCAUCCAGAAUAACGCCAGUGUCAUUACACUAAAGAUUUCUAUCCUUUCAAUUUGACUAAAUUUAACCUUUGAUCAAUAUAAUCAAGAACAAAAUGCAUCAGAACCAAAAUAUGAUGAACAUUUAUUGAUUUAAUUAUAUCACUUUCUACAAACAGAUACAUUUUCGUUAAUACUAUUACACAAGUAUUAGUUAUUGAACCAGUAUAGGUGACAACAUUAAUAAUGUAACAAAUCAGACUAUUGUUGAAGAAAUAACAUGAAAGAACGAUUUUUGUAGUACAUUAAUAUCUAAAAUAUAGGAAAACUGUUUCAAUGCUGAAAGAAUCAAAGAGUUUAAAGUUACUCUUAGCGUCAGUCAUAAUAUGAGAACAACAGUUAAAGGAAGGGUUUGGGAUUGUCUCGAGUUCAGACAUGUAAUCAAAGUAAGUAAGUGAGUAAUCAAACAGGAACAGACUGAAUUCACAUGAGUUGUUGCAUCUGUUGAGACGAGUUUUCAGUGGUGCUCAACCACCUGGUACAGCAGCUGCUGGUCACUUUUAAUCAGGAUUUGAUUGAAAUCAGCUGUGCCGUUUGUAGAACUCUGAAAGAACAGUUAUCAAAUGUUUUAGAUUAUUACAAUAAGCAUAAGUGAUUGUAUACUAAGAAUAUUAUUAUAAUUUGUAGUUCACACUAACAUUCUGAAGCACUGAACAAUUUAGUAGUGUUCAAUGAUUAAGUAUGAUAUCAAAUACAAUAUGAUAUUCAUGUGGACACGCCCACGUUUCGCCUCGCUGUGGGACACGCCCACACUUUGCCUGGCCGUGGGACACGCCCACAUUUCGCCUGGCCGUGGGACACACCCACAUUUCGCCUGGCUGCAACAGGUUGCUAUUGAGAGAGGUGGGGAUGGACUGGUUUGUUUGUGUGACUGGUUGCCAUCCAGGACCUGGGGCGAGUCUGUGGCAGAUGUAGUGGACUGUUUGAAUUAGUGAUGAAUUAAUUUGGUUAUUUUUCUGAUUGUUAUUUAGUUGUCAGAUUCUGUUCCUGUGAUUCUGAACUUUAUCUUUGGCUCAGAAUUAUUGUCAUCAAAAUCAAAUGUGUUGUUUUUUUGUUGUUGUUAAAAAUUCUUAGAAUUAAAAUUAAAGUAGAAGAAUUGAUAGUUUGGUGUGUGCUGAGUCACUGAUCUAGCCUGGUGGCACCGUGCGGUUGGACCGGUUGGACCGGUGCUGAGCCGCUCCCUCAGAAACUCGUCUCCCAUCGGAGAGUUUUCUGAACGUACACUUAGUGCUGUUUGAGUUAACAGGAUGAAUAAAUUGAUUUGUUUUGACCGUGUUGAGUUUGACUUCCAAAAUAAAGGUCAAACGAGGUCAACAUCCAUCGUGUGACCCCGUAAUGUCAAAGUGUGACAGAUGGUACACAUGAUUCUUUUUUAAAAACCCGGAUAAUCUCUGUGUUUUUGAGUGUCGUCCUGCCAGGCUGCAGCUGACACUGUACACUCUGUUUCUGUCACCACUGACUGAGACUUAUUGUAUUUGUGUGAUUCCUUAUCACUGUUGUGGGUUUUUUUUCCCUUUUUUGCUUCUUUUCUCUGCAGCGUUUCCAUCAGAUAGGCGGCGCUAAAGGCCACACCCACCAUGCUGAGGCGGCUCGAUAAAAUUCGUUUUCGUAGCCAGAGGAGAGAUGACUUCCUGGACCUGGAUGUGCCUCUGAACACCUCCGACACCGACUGCACUCAGGAGGUCCAGAUGAAUCCUGAGGCCUCUGAUCCAGAUGAGCCGAUGGAGGCGGACUCUCAGGUGGAUUCUGAAGCCUUUGCUGACAUCUUGCAAGAUGAUCCAAACUCUGAUCUGAAUGAGGUCAAAGGUCAUCUGGAAAUUGCCUUGUGGGAAAAGUUGUACCUACAGGAGGAGCUGAGGAAGCUGCAAGAGGAGAUGAACGUGGACCUCCUGAAACAGGAGCUGGAGAAGGAACGCAGCCGACGGCUGGAACUCGAACUCAAGAUGAACCAACUCCUCACAUCCAGACUUGAAGACACGCCUCCUUGGCCAGCUGAAGACAUGCCUCCUCCUCCACCUGCAGUCUGCAGUAAAGACAAACACACAGACGGCCUUUACGUCAGCCUGCACACAUGGUUUUAUGACUGUUGGGGUGUUUACAUCCAGGAUUUUCACUUCCCGCCUGAGGACGUGUCUGUGGAGCCAGAGGAGCCGCUCAGUGCCAAGAGAUUAACAGAAAACACAAGACGACUCAAACGAGGACUCAGACCCUUGAGGACUUUCAUGAGGAACCUCUCGGCGUUGUCCAGCUGGUCCUCUGUCUACACGUCGGCCAUCACUUUCUUGAUCUACAUGUAUGCAGCCUGGCAUGGACGGCUCGUCCCCGUGUUCCUGUUCCUCGCCAUCCUGCGCCUCUCCCUCAAUUACCUCAUCUGCAGGGGUUGGAGGAUCCAGUGGACCAUCGUUCCUGAAGUGUUUGAGACGGAAGAGGAAGUUCCUAAAGUGGACCGGACAGUGUCUGAGAAGUUCCAGCUGGUUCUGGACGUAGCUCAGAAAGCUCAGAAUCUGUUUGGAAACGCAGCAAAUAUUCUGGAGAAGAUAAAGAACCUGCUGAUGUGGGUGCGUCCAGAGUUGACGAAGAAGCUCUACGUGGCUCUGUGGGUGUCCUUCAUCGCGUCCUGCCUGCUGCCCUACGGUCUGCUGGCCAUCAUCAUAGGUCUGUACGCAGGGAUCAAGUUCUUCAUCAUUGGCUUCGUCUUCAAGUGCUGCCCCAAGCUGAGGCAGCGCUACGACACGCCGUAUGUCAUCUGGAACAGUUUACCUACUGACCUGCAGCUGAAGGAGACUACCAACACCACGCUCAACGGACAGGUUCCUGUGGCUGCUGGACGAGGGAACGUCUGGACUGCUGCUGCUCCAGACGUCACACACAGGGACAGCAGGCGAGCCUCCAAGAGAGGACCUUUCCACCAAGUCUUCAAGCUGUCAGAGAGUGAGCGCCCUCUAGCAGGCUCGGAGGGCGGCUGGCGUUGCUACCUGAUCGACAGAGGACGGAAGUCGCCCAAAGAGUACAUCCGUUAUGGCGUUCUCUACGUCACUGAGAAUUACUUGUGUUUUGAAAGCUCCAGCUCCAGGUCCAACUCGUCCAGGAGGACCAAAGUCAUCAAGCUGGUGGACAUCACAAACAUUCAGAAGUAUAAAGCUCUGUCCAUGCUGCCCGGCUCUGGGAUGGGCAUCUCCAUCCAGACCCCAUCCACCCCGAAGCCUUUAGUUUUCGGCGCCAUGGUCCACAGAGACGAGGCCUUCGACAUCAUCUUCACUCAGUACACCAAGACUGUUGCCACGGUGACGGCUGCAGAGACCUAGUGUCCUCCAGACAGCCGGGGUCAUGACUCAGUGAUGACAUCAUCACGCCAGCUUCCUGUUCUGUGUUCACCCUGAAGACUUUCAGUGACCUCACAUCAGUGCUGACAUCUGAUUGGCUGAUUCACACAGUCACUGCUGUGAUGUCAUUAUGAAUGCAUUAAUAGACCUUAUUGAUUUCUAAUCAGGUCCUGCCCACUGGAUCAUCGUGGCGUCUCAUGGGUCCCACCCUAACGCACCUUGACACUGGCACGCAAUCUGCAAAUUAGAACAUCAACACAACACAUCAACACGCGUCUCCGAUGAGCCGCCACAGUGGACAUAACGUGCCGCCGUGUGUCCACACAGCAGCUAAUCUGAGACUUCGUUACUGUGUCAUGUUGAAGCUACAAAAAAUGGAUGAAAUGUUGUUGUUCUGCUGCAGAGAGACGAUUUAAAGUUCAUCAGGAUUAAAUUCAAAUGUGGCUGGUUUGAGCAAAAAGGAUGAAAACGGUGACCCGGCUUUUGAACACUCUCAGUAACAGCCCGUUCCACAGGGCACUGCUCUAUGGGGCCGCACAGUCUCAUUUCAAAUGGACAGCCGGUACAGACACGGCAGAGAAUCCCCGGGUGGAGUGUUUCAGCACAAGCUCGGUAAACUUAAAAAGCAUACUCACCAACACCAAGCGGACCUGCUGUUUAAAAUGGUUUUCGCUGAAACCCCCGUCCUCCGAAUGGUUUGUGCCGACACUUCGCCCGGGGGUUACUCUGUCCCCACAAACACUGUCACUGCUAACGGAAAAAUGUUCUGUUUUGUUUUUGGCUGAAACCACAGAAACAGUCGUGAAAAGUGCAGGGGUUUUUUUUUGUUUUGUUUUUUUGGUUCCCAGUGCAGAAGAAAAGACGGGGCAAAUGUGAGACGUCGAGUCGGUACAAUGAGGCAAAUAAGUAUUUAACCCCCUGCCAGUUUUGCAGGUUUUCCCACCUACAAAGAAUGUAGAGGUCUGUCAUUUUUAUCAUAGGUUCACUUCAACUGUGAGAGAAUCUAAAAAAAAAAAA